AUGCCCGAUCAGGAAUCCUCAAGCCGUCCUCAGAGCCCCAGUACCAACCCUAACCCCCCCGCCCAGGAGGCCCAGACCCCUAAGAAACCCCCCAAGCUCAACAAGAAGAAGACCGACGAGCCCAAGUCCGAGCCGGACGCCGAGUCUGAUCCCGAACCGGAACCGAAACAAGAACCCCAGUCUGAGAACGACGACGACGACGAGGAUCCCAAAGCAGAUCCCGAGCCCAAGAGAGAAACAGAAACAGACGCAGACGCAGACGCAGACGUCCAACCAAAACAAGAACAAGACUCAGACAACGACGACGACGAACCCGAACCUCAACCUCAACCUCAAUCAAAACCAGAACCUCCUCGUCGCCGCAAACCUCGCCCCACCACAAUGGAGAACGGGAACCCCGAGAAGCCCCGUCGUCGCCGCCAGCGCCCCCAGCAACAGCAACAGCAGCAAGGCGGCGGCGGCGGCCCGCUCCCGGGCCUCGGCGGCGUCAACCAGGCCGGCGAGCUCGUGCAGAACACCGCCGGCAAUGCCCUGAACGGCGUCACCGGGUCCGCGGGCAAGGCUGUCGGCGGCCUGCUGGGCGGCGGCCAGAAGGAGGAUAAGGACGAUGGCGGCCGUGACGAGCAGUUGCGGUUGCGGCUAGACUUGAAUCUCGAUAUCGAGGUGCAGCUCAAGGCAAAGAUUCAUGGUGAUUUGACCCUGGGAUUAUUGUAUCUAGGAACUGAGUGA